ACCAUGUCCAAUAUAAACUGCCGCAUGCGAUGGAAAUGUUUUCAUGAAUUUUGAGAAGUUAUGAACAUUACAUGCAAGAAAUUGAAAAUUACUUAUUGUAAUGGCUGACGACCGACUCCGUCUUGACGGAAAUGGAUCCAAAAAUGGACAUGAUUCAUGCGACGAAAACAAAGCGAUUGACUACAGUGUAUGUGGGAGAAGCUCUGUACAGCACGGGUAUAGCGUGGAAGAUGAAAGAAGCCGUCUUCGGCGGUCCGGCGGAAUUGACACAAAUGCUCCUUUCGGUUUUCCAAAAUCACCACCGUACUUCAAGAGUUGUGACUGGUUAGAGUGCACUCGGCAGACCUGUCUUAACAGCGGCAACAUUUUUCAAAAUGUCAUGGAUAAAUACGAAGAAAGUGAUUUACUGAAAAGAUAUGGAAAUUUUCCGAGAGAACCAUUUGGACAGACAUUAGAAAACUGGCCAAUUUUUGGCUUUCGAUCUGCGUUUGAGCAUUAUCAUGACCUUUCGAAGGAGAGAGUGAAUGUGCACCCGAUACUGGCAUUUUACCCGCAUGUUAUGUUUGACGUACCAAAUAUGUACAGGCUUGUAUGCCACUAUCCUUUUGCGCAUCCUGCCACAUCACCACUGGCUACCUAUGAGCAAAUUUUACGAUCCGAAAAUGUCUUGCGUCAUGAAAUCAGCAAUUCUAGUCCUUACCAAUUUCCUCAGAAUAACGCAAAGUUUCGGACUGAAAAGUCAGAUAUUAGAAAGGUUCAAAGCGAGAAAAAAGAACCUUUUCAACGGGACAGCGCUAUUAAUCUCUCCGUACCGAGGAAAUCACGAGAUGAACGCGGACAUAAAUCACUACCAUACCCUUUAGCGAAAAAGGACGGAAAGAUGCAUUACGAGUGCAAAUUUUGUAUGAAAUCGUUCGGCCAGUUGUCUAAUUUGAAAGUUCAUCUUCGAACACAUACGGGCGAACGUCCGUUUGCUUGUCGUACAUGCGGGAAAGGGUUUACUCAGUUGGCACAUCUACAAAAGCAUCAUUUAGUCCAUACCGGAGAACGUCCGCACGAGUGUUCUGUGUGCCACAAGCGAUUCAGCUCUACUUCUAACCUGAAAACACAUCAACGUCUUCAUAAUGGAGAGAAACCAUUUAUAUGUAAACAAUGCCCAGCAAAGUUUACACAGUUUGUACAUCUCAAGCUGCAUAGAAGAAUACACGUGAACGAGAGGCCGUAUGAAUGUCCACACUGCAACCGGAAGUACGUCAGUCCGAGUGGACUAAAGACCCACUGGAGAGGAAGUGACUGCUCGCAAAGAGUGUCGCUUGGGGUGUAGCAUAUUAAGAUGACCUUGUGAAAAGGCCAAAAAUUGUGAACUCUUAAGUGUACAGACACACAAAAAAAUGGAGGAAAAAACGAAAAAAUACUUUUAUCUGAGUUCAAAACUAAAUGAUAAUCGGAAAAUUCCGUUUGAUAACGUAUUUCCGUACACAAUUUCGGAAACUUCCGGUUGGCUUGAGAUACAUUAACGACCGGAGAAUUCCGAAGUAGGUACGGAGAUUACGUUUACAAUCGUACGUGAAUUUCUGAGUACGAGUCUAAUACCUGAAUCAUUUAAUAAUAUAUAGAUAAAGAUCAACGCAAUCUGACUAAAAUACAUCUCCUAUAACGCUACGCAUAGGAUCUGAGAACGACCUAUUCAUAGCCUCGUUCUGACGACCCUUUCGCUAGCCAAUCAGAGCCUUACUUACAACAUCUUGCAAAUCUACAUGUAGCCUUGACUUUUGAUAUUUACAAUUCUUAUGUCGUAAGUAUCAGAUAGCUGGCUAGCUCAGUCGAUAGGCUACUUGCUUCGUAAGCGAGGGGUCCUGGGUUCGAGCCCUGGAAUGACUGCGCAUUUUUCUUACUCUUUGACAUUCGAACAAGUCGUCUGAUUGGAUAAAAUAAAAAUAGCAAUCUGGAAAUCCAAAAUAUACAGAAGACGAAUGUGAAUGGGUCGUUCUCAGAUCUUCGUUUAGAAGAUCAAGUACUUCAGUCAGAUUGAGAUCAACGUAUGUUCCAUUCUCUGUACUAGGGCGAAUCUCGGAUGGAUGAGAAUAUGCCUGCUCAAAUGAAACCAUUGAGAUAUCUGUGUCCGAAUUAUCUAAACACAGAAUUGUGGAAACUAAAUAUAGCAGCUCGAAUCCCGUCUGAUGGUGACAUAUGAGAUAAAAUCCGUACUAAUCCUAAAAAAAUCUGUUGCGUCGUAAUUUUAUCUCUUACUCCAGAUUUUUCAUUGAUCAUAAAAGGAAAAUCUUGUCUAUCUGUUUAUCAGUACGACAUAAUGGCAAGAGAAAUUUAAUAAACAAUGAAAAAUUACCCGAAACAGCUUGUUGCAUUAUAUGAUAAAGCCAGGUAAAACUGUUCUCUAAUUACUAUAAUACACGUGUUCUUCACUCUCUCGUGUCAUUCUAUAUAUAUUUAUUACAGGGAAUUAUGCAUUAUGAAAACAAUAUUGGUAUAUGUAACAUACGGUGCAGUGGUGUUAUCAGAGGAAAAAAACCUUCCGAUAUGUUUGUGAAUUUGUUUAAGUCUUUACAAUAAUAAAUUAUGCGCUCUAUUGUAAAAACU